UACAUCUUCGUUGUCUAUUUUGCUCAGGCACCAUGGCGUGUGGAGCUACGUUAAAGCGCUCGAUGGAGUUUGAGGCCCUACUCAGUCCUCAGUCUCCUAAGCGUAGAAGGUGCAAUGCACUACCGGGGGCUCCAAGCACCCCGUCCCCUCAAAGGUGCAACCUCCGUCCGCCAGUUGACUGCCCAUCGCACUCGAUGUCUCCCCCGACUAUGGGAGGAGAACACAGGCUAACUCCAGAGCAGAUCUUCCAGAACAUCCGUCAGGAGUACAGCCGCUACCAGAGGCGACGGCAGCUGGAGGGGGCCUUCAACCAGAGUGAGGCUGCCUGUAGCUCCACCGAUGCCCCCAGUUCCGCCCUCACUGCCCCCAGCUCCCCGCCAGGUGCCUCGAGGAAGGACCAGCCGUCGUUCACACUGAGGCAGGUGAGCUACCUGUGCGAGCGUUUGCUCAAAGACCAUGAGGAGAAGAUCCGGGAGGAGUAUGAACAGAUCCUCAACACAAAACUUGCAGAACAAUACGAAUCUUUUGUGAAAUUCACACAAGACCAGAUCAUGCGAAGAUACGGCGCAAGGCCUGCUAGUUAUGUCUCUUGAAUUCCCCAUCGACGUACCAGCUUUUCUCACAAGAUGGCUGCUCUUCUACUGCCCCUUCCUCAACU